ACGCAUUACGCCAGCUGUCAGUUACUAGAAGAUGACCUGUAGCACCUGCUGUACUAAUAUUGAUGCAACAUCUUUCAGUAUAAGCAGGAACAAUCGGCGACGACGUAUAUUUGUUAGGGAUGGUUUAAUUAAACCUACGUCAUCAUCUACAAUCUAGACACCUUCAUAAACCAGAUCUCAUCCUUUGAUAAUGGCGUCAUGGCGGGAACUAGACUCGUCGCUGAUCAUUCAAACCGCACGCUACUUAUUAGUAUUCACGAUAUUCCACAUUUACACAAUACGAAAAGAAGUGCCUCUCAGAAUCAAGUCGGCGAUAUCUACAUCUCUUGUGGCUAUUGCAUUGCUUAGUCGCCAAUGGCUUUCUGUUGUCACCAAACAUGUUCCGGAGCCUUACCUAGACGAAGUAUUCCAUAUACCUCAAGCUCAGGUUUAUUGUGAGGGAAAAUACUUUCAAUGGGAUGACAAGAUCACAACACCUCCUGGACUCUAUGCCUUGACCAUCUUAGCAAACAAGCUGACGGGAAUCCCCUGUGAAGCCUACCAUCUCCGCUAUUUCAACGCUGAGAUUAUUUCAUAUCUAGCUUUGGCAGCCAUCAUAUCAAGAGCUAGGCUUGAGCAACCAGAGACGCCCAAUUCACGCCGGUACUCACCCUAUGCCAUCUGGACGGGGAUCAAUGUCGCCUUAUUCCCUGUACUCUUCUUCUUCUCGGGGCUGUACUACACAGACGUCAUUUCCACUCUCGUUGUACUACUAGCUUACACGAAUCACCAAAGUCGUGUUGGUCCGAACAAACCCUCACUGCUCAACGAUGUAUACUCUAUUUCCCUUGGUCUUCUUACUCUAUGUAUGAGACAAACCAACAUCUUCUGGGUUGUAGUUUAUAUGGGUGGCUUAGAGGCUGUUCAUAGUAUCAAAACCCUACGUCCGAAGCCAGUAGCUACUCCAAAAUUCACAACUCUAUCUCAACAAAUCAAGUUUGAUGUUUGGAGAUAUUCGCUUGGCGACAUCCAUGACCCGGCCCUGAAUCUAACGAAUCCAAUUGAUAUUCUACUUUGUGUCAUCAGUAUUGGAAUUUCUGCAAUCUGCAAUCUCGGAACUAUCCUUAGGCACAUAUGGUCACAUCUGGUAGUCCUUGGAGCCUUCGUUGGAUUUGUCGCUUGGAAUGGCGGCGUUGUCCUCGGAGAUAAAUCCAACCAUGUGGCGACUCUACAUCUAGCUCAGAUGUUGUAUAUCUGGCCGCUAUUUGCGUUCUUUUCAGUACCCCUUUUCGUUCCACCACUGCUAAACUUAGUCGCGAACAUCUUCAAUGGCCUUAUAGGUUCGACACCAACUUCAUCUAGAAAGACUCCAGUUUCAUCAAAGGAUGCAAAUAAAUCCAACCAAUCAGCGGCAUUGAAAGCAUUCAACUACCUCGGAUCUAGCCAUAUAACUCACUCUGUUAUAAUCCUCGCUGGCGCUCUAGCAAUCGCAACAUUGAUUGUACGGUUCAACACUAUCAUCCACCCGUUCACUCUAGCGGAUAAUAGACACUUCAUGUUCUACGUAUUUCGAUAUACCAUUCUCAAAGCAUGGUGGGUCAGAUAUGCUCUUGUCCCUGUGUACGUUGCGUGCGGUUGGCUAUGCUGGACUACUCUACGAGGAAACCCCACCACGGCUCUUGGUAGCAGUCGAUGGAUACGUACACCAUUUGGCAAUGAGAACCGGGUCUUGAACCAGUCUCGGUCAGAAAAGAAAAGGCCGAAUAGAGCACAAGAGGUACAAGAUGUAACAGCAAUACCGCCAGCAACAACUUCAGUCCUCAUUCUCCUUCUCGCGUCAGCGCUCUCCCUCAUCACUGCGCCGCUAGUUGAGCCACGCUAUUUCAUCAUACCAUGGGUAUUCUGGCGACUCCUCGUCCCCUCUCAACUCCUCAAUCUCUCAACAUUUGGACUUGGACCAAAAUCGUUGGUUUCGCAACGGCUAGUCCUAGUUCUCGAGACAACAUGGUUCUUACUCAUUAACGCUGCGACAAUGUACAUAUUCAUCACGCGGCCCUUCUACUGGAGGGCACCAGACGGCACACUUCUGGAUGAUGGGAAGGUGCAGAGAUUUAUGUGGUGAUUUACAGUUACAAGUCGUGCGUUGCGAUAUGCACCUACAAUUUAAAUAAUCACAUACAAAGCCAGAAAUGCGAUAUUUUAUUCUCAAUUUUCACUCAUGGUAUUCAUCUUCUAAUGAUCUUGAUAAAUCUACCUAAGUAGAUAGCAAAGGUAACUAAAUACCGCCAGUCUUCUUCUACAGGUGCGAAACCCGCAUGCUAUGCAGUGAAUGUAAAAAUUACUCCCAUUGGCCAAUGUAUGAAUCUCGUGUAACGUCUAUGUUGAUAUAGU